GUGCACAGUCAACAACCAAAGCAUCCGAGAUUACUACACCGAUUCCACCGAAAUCAGCCCCCCCUCCCGAAACCCCAAGUCGGUGCCUUUUUGGGAAAAUAUCGCUUUGAUUGCACGAAUAAGACAGACUCCCUGCUUUUUAAAUUUUUUUUUUUUUUUAAAUUGUGCCUGCGUGUUUAUGUGUGUGUAGGCUACGCCGACCAGGUUGGUUUGCGGCUCCACGUCGCCUCCACUCCAUCGCUUUGGUAGUGCGGAUGAAGAGGGGAUUUUUGUUAAAUUACACAUUCCGCCUGAUUCUCGUACAGGGCUAAUUUAUUUGUGUCCGGGGUCCUGGAUUUACACAGAGGAGGAGGAGCGGGGAGCCGAUCAUCCGUCGUUCUCUUGGUACCAGGGAGCACGUGACCCCGGAGAUGAACAAGCUUCGUCAGAGCCUGAGGAGGAAGAAGCCCACCUAUGUGCCAGAGGCCAGCAGACCGCAUCAAUGGCAGGCUGACGAGGAGGCUGUACGCAAGGGCAAAUGCAACUUUGCUGUUCGGUACCUGGGGUUGGUGGAGGUGGAAGAGUCGAGAGGGAUGCACGUAUGCGAGGAGGCAGUGAAGAAGCUAAAAGUUAGCGGGAAAAAGACAGUAAAAGCAGUAUUGUGGGUUUCGGCUGAUGGACUCAGGGUGGUAGAUGACAAAACUAAGGACCUCAUCGUGGACCAGACCAUAGAGAAGGUUUCAUUCUGCGCUCCGGACCGUAACUAUGACAAGGCCUUCUCCUACAUCUGCAGAGAUGGGACUACAAGACGAUGGAUGUGCCACUGCUUCAUGGCUCUGAAAGACUCGGGGGAGAGACUGAGCCAUGCAGUGGGUUGUGCCUUUGCUGCUUGCCUGGAGAGGAAGCAGCGCAGAGAGAAGGAGUGUGGUGUGACGGCUUCGUUUGAUGCUAGUCGCACCUCGUUUGUGCGUGAGGGCUCCUUCCGCGCCAAUUCCUCCUGCAGCCAGCAGGGCAGCAGUAGUGAGCGAGAGGACAAGCUGCAGGAGAAAAGGAAAGACCAGCCCUCUAUCAUGCCGGCCCUUCCACCUGGCACCGCCUCCCCACCCGAGGGUGCGGCCUCCCCUAUGGAGCGACCAGAACCAGGCGGGCCUCAUGCCAUCCCCCGCCGCCACGCGCCCAUUGAGCAGCUGGUGCGUCAAGGCUCAUUCCGAGGAUUUCCGGCCCUCAGUCAGAAGAAUUCUCCCUUCAAGAGGCAGCUGUCACUCCGUCUCAAUGAUCUGCCAUCCACACUACAACGCAAGACAGAUUUCGAGACCAAGAACCCUGAGAUGGAUAUGGGAUUGCCUGGUGAGGGAGACAGCAGUAUAAAUGCUCUAUGUAGCCAGAUCAACACCUCGUUCACCAAACCAUCAGACGAGCUCUUCUCCAACCCUUCUAUGUCUGCAAAUGGCCCGCCAACCUGCACCGUGCCCCCUGUUCUGCCUCCACCACCUGCGCCAAUGCAAGCCACCUCCUCAUGGGUACAGACGGAAGCUCCUCUCCACUCUCCUCCUCCGGUUUCUGUGGCGAUGCAAAUGCAAAGUGGCCACAAACGCACGCCAUCUGAGGCUGAGAGAUGGUUGGAGGAGGUCUCCAAGGCUGUGAAGGCCCAACAGACACCUCCUCCCGGCCCCGCCAUCCCCACCAUCCCCGGACCUCCCUCCAUCUCCAGUCAUCAGAUGUCCAGUCAGGCAGCCAUGUCAGCUGCCCCAGUGUCCACUGUGCCCAUGUCCAAACCUCUUAUUUCCGGCCCCUCUGCUCUUUCAGGUCAGGCUCCGAUGCCCCUCCCACCAAUGUCGAUAUCAUCAGUUCCUCUAAUACCUGGACCUCCAGUUUCAGGUCCCCCUAUGUCUCUUCCGUCCAUGUCCAUACCCACCAUGUCAGGGCCAAGCAUGUCUGGAGCCCCCAUGAUCCAGCCCUCCCUCCCCGGACCUCCAGGCUCACUUCCAAGCUCCAUGCAACCGUUCCCUUUGGCUUUUGAUAACACUCCAGCCCCUGUGGGAAUGUUUGCCAGUCAGCCUGUCCAACCUGCUUUUGUGCCCAUGCAGACCUACAUGCCAGGUCUAGCAAGCAGUAUGACCUAUCCCAAUGCCAGUGUGCCUGUGGUAGGCAUCACACCAUCGCAAAUGGUGGCCAACGUCUUCUGCACUGCCACAGGCUCGUCGGGCACAGGCAGCACUAUGGGCUCGGCCGGAGGAGGAGGACCCAAGGUGGGGACGCUUGGAGCAGUCGGGCAAGCCCAUUCCUAUCCAGUCCCACCUAGUGCUGUUGGCCACUCUGCAGGUUUUUCAACACCUCCAUUUUCAUCCACUCCACCAUUAUCAACAGCCAUUAAUGGCCUUGCACCGCACAGCAGCACCACAGUGGCCCUCCAAAAUGGGACCUCCAGCACUAGUGGAAAUUGUGGCACUAGUAGCAGCUGGCCGCCAGAGGGCAGCCAGCUAACAGCUCCGGUGGUUGAUUCCCAAGAGGAUGACCGUUUUGAGGCCAAGUGGGCAGCCUUGGAGACAAAACCAGCAGCUCAGCAGCCUGGGAACAAGGCAUCAGCUGCGACAGCCAACCCAUUUUCCAACAAUCUGCAAAAGACUUUUGAGAUUGAGCUCUAAGACAGACUUGGCCUCCCAAAGCUGUAGCACUCAUCCUGGAGUUAAAGCCUCGGGAAGCCAGGCACUAAUUCCAGCAUCUUUGCUUAGAAUGGGAUGCAGGUCCUUACAUUUAGCCUAGAAUCCAACCUGUGGCAGCCUAGCAACUUGCUGAAUGCCCUCAUAGGAGCGUACAAUGAUCUUGCUUUCUUCAUGCUCCAAUGAAACACAGAGUAACUUAGCAGCUUGCUGGACUGUAAUCUGAGGAUCAGGUCUCUAGCUCUCUAGACUUGAUGGACUAAAUCCUUUCACUCCACCUGCUACCUGCCUCUCCUCCCUGCUUUCUCUUCUCACUUCUGGCUUUAAUUUACCUGCUGGAAGUCCCCAGAUGUACUGCACGUGCCCCCUCCAAGUACAGUGUUGAGGGGAUGAAAUGCAGUUUAGUACUUUUUUUCUUUGAAAAGGGGACUCCACUCAGAUGCAUUCCAAUCCCAUGUUUCUUGGCAAUUUUACUUGAUUUUGGUGGAGACUUUAGCAAAUGUGGUUAUGUGACAAGAUACAUGGAGAAGCAGAGCAGUGACCUGUUGACCGAUGAACAGACUGACGCUGAUCUUAGCAAAGCACAGCAGAAGUUCAGACACCUGAAAAGACUAGUCAAUGACGUGAGACUCAACCCUACGAAUCCAAAAGGAGUUACUGACCAAUAGUAGAGAUUUAUGGCCAAAAGUAUUUUAUUUAUUGUAUUUUAUUUUUUAUUUUAACAGGUUAUAUGUACUUAAAGAUCUAAAUCUCAAAGCAGUGUUUCAGGAGCAUGUUGUUUUUUUAUUUCUAUCCCCUAUAUUUAUUUUUGUUGAAUCAUAAAGAGUAGGGAAACUACAGGUAGCAGGUUGUAAACAGUUGAAGGUAAGCACUGUGGGAAACUGAAUCAUGUAACAGGAACCAAAUAACCAGGGCAUACAGUAAUGUGACAUGUGAGACAAGUGUAUAUAGCGGCAUGUUUCUUCCACCCGUUAGCCGUCAAAUAAAUAUGCUCCACUGCUGCUGCCGAGGCCAGCUGAGUCUGUACGGCUUCACUUUGGCAUUGUCGCCCAUUUCUGUUGCUAAUGCCUAAUUUAAAGGGCACUGGGACUUGAAAAAUGUCUUCAGGAUAUCCAGCACACAGACACUCUGGACAAUACAGCACAACAGUCCUUUGGACUCCAUCUUCACCGGACAAACCCAAGGAACUUUAAUAACUCAGUGGAUUUAAAAAAGUAAAACUCUGCAACACUGUGCAACUGGUUGGGGGAAAAAGAUGCACUACAUUCUAACAUUCAGAAGUCCUUAUAUGUGUUCAAACACAGGGUAAAGUCUCAUCAUGUACAGUAUGAUUGUGUAUUCACCUCCACCACACUGCUGUGACGCAGCAGGGCUACACUCACAACUGAUUUCUGGACUGUAGGAGAAGAGAAACACGAGCAGAUAUCGAUUCAGGCGUGUGGGCUGAAAAAAAAAAGAAGACAAAACUGGAAGGGUUUCUGAUGUCGAAAUAUUAGGGACAACAAAGAUUCAGUUGAUUACCAGAGGGGGAAAAAAACAGCGGAGAGGAAAGAUGAAGGAUAAGCUGUAUGUGAGAGGAUGUUGCUACUGUAUACCUUUUAAAGAAUGGGAUGGAGGAAGUCUGAAGGAAGGAAAAUCAGAUGUGGGUAAAAAAACAAAACAAAACAACCCAAGAUAAAAGCAAGAGGCAGUUUGCGUGAAAACACGUCGAACAAAGACACAUUCAUCACCCACGACACGAGCACUGUCUGCCAUCUUUGUGUUCCUCAAGGCCAAGCCGCUUCAGCAUCCUAUUCCUCGUCUCUUAAAACCUCAAGAAAACAACACUUUUUAAUCAUGUGAAUUUAUGAAAACAAUGUUGCUUAUUAUUAUAACUGCAGCCUCAUAAACAAGGUUUUUCUCAAACUGUGCGCAACUCCUUAUAUAGUUAAAACUCCAGUACUGUCAGCAGAGCCUUCAGUGUUUGUCCAAAAGAUGCAACCUUACUAAAAGUUCAAGCAGGCCUGUGUAAUGAAGGGCUUUUCCAUGGGUUACUUCUCUAUGUUAUUUAAACUACAAUCUGACCACAGAUGCUCCUGCUAUGUUCCUUAGGAACUGAAUUGUGUUUGGAUAUAUGGACUGCCACUGAUUAGAUUUCCUGCUCAUUAACUCCCUAGAGCUUAAUUAGCUUGUUUGGUCUCUUCCUGUGGCCGGCUUUUCAGAGAACCUAAAUUUACAUGCCACUGGCCUAAUUUACACCACCUCGGCUCCUCCCAGGUUUUACCCCUUUGUUUUCUGAUGACUUGAUAUAUCUUCCCCACAUAAAAAAAAAAUCCAAUCCGCUCCCUCUCUCUACAAAAACAAAUCCGAUUCCCUCAUGAGAUCGAUGCUUUUAUUUUGUUUAAAAUCGUUUGGUUUUUUUGCCCUCAACUCUUGUUUGCACGCUCCCCCCCAAAAAUGGUAAAUGUAGGUUAAUUGUGUUCCGCGUUAAAGCAAACUAAAUGACCUCAUAAACUUGAUUGUAAAACCAUAGUUUAGUGAUGGUAACAAAGCAAAACCAGUGGAGUUUAUUUUUAAUCUUUAUUUACAGAAUUUUUGUAUUUAAACCAACAUAUUUGUAUUGUAAUUACAUUGUACAAAAGAUAAAUAAAGUAAUAUAAUAUUACACCUGCUCGUGA